AUGGAUAGCGAUCUGAGAGACCUUACCAAGAAGGAGAGACAGAUUCGCAACUCCAUUAAAACAGUGUUUCAGUUCACGAUUGACUACAAACCUGAACUACAUAAAAAUGAGUUGGGAAUUCGUUUGCAAUUGCUAGAAGAGGCGUUCAGCGAGUUUAAAGAAGUGUGCCAGAAGAUCGAAGUGAUGAUGGAAGUGAUUGCGGAAGAAAGUGAUCCUCUAGAAGGUGAAACAUCGCAGGAUCAUGCUUCACGGCUGGAGGCUGAAGCAAAGCAGAAGGAGGCGGAGAAUUGUGCUGUGUACAGUAAGGUGGAGAAUCUGUAUUGCAAAAUUAAGGCCAGUCUACUUCGUUUGAUGCCCGAAAAGAAGGUUGAUCCAGCACCAGUUCCUGUUCCUGUUCUGUCUACUGUGAAGCUCCCGGAAAUCACACUUCCCAAGUUUUCCGGUAUGAUCCAUGACUGGAUUCCGUUCAGAGACUCAUUUCUUAGCGUGAUUCACAAGAACGAGACGAUCAGCGACAUGGACAAGUUCAAGUACUUAAGGUCGUCGCUGGCACCUGAGGCACUGCGGCACAUUGAUAACAUUGAUGAAUCCGCUUUUAACUACACCGUGGCUUGGGAUGCGCUUGUGAGCCAGUUCCAGCAUAAGAAGCUCAUCGUCAAAGCACAUUUGGAUGCCCUUUUUGCUGUGGAACCCAUGAGACGUGAAAGCUUCGAGUCGCUCAACAAAUUGAUCUGUGAGUUCGACAACAACCUCCAAAUGUUGAAAAAGAUUGGUGAACAAACCGACGGCUGGAUCACUUUGCUCGUCUACAUGAUUUGCUCGAAACUCCAUACUGGAACUCUGAGACUUUGGGAAACCGAACACAACUCCAAGGAAGUCCCGAAGUAUACCGAUUUGAUGACGUUCCUGAGGAAGCAGAGCGGUGUCCUACAAUCCCUUCCACAGACGAGCAAACCAAUCCAGAAUGAGUACCGGAAGCCGAAGCUGGGAGUUAGCCAUCCAACUGUAUCAGGUCGUUGUUGUUUUUGCUCUGAACCGUUUCACCAAGCUGUCUUCUGCAAGAAGUUCCAAAAAAUGAAGCUGUCGGAACGAUACGAUGCUGUGAAGCGGAACGGAUUGUGUUUCAACUGUUUAUCACAAGGUCAUCUAUCGCGCAGCUGUUCCAGAGGUUCCUGCCUGAAGUGUGGAAGGAGACACAACACGUUGCUGCAUCCGUCGUACGAGUCGGCGAACAGUGCUACAAAAUCCUCCGUUCCACCGACGGCAAGAAGAAACCCAAACGACCACCAAAACCAACAAAUGAGACCUCAAAACCUGAUCCCAGCUAGAACACACAACACAAACCAGACCGCACCACCCACAUUCACACCACAGUCGCAAAGUACACUCCCACAAUCCGCCACAGACCCGAAUGCACUUCCUCCCUCCACGAGCCAGAACACUGUGUCCCUACACUCCCAUGCACACUCGUCCAAACAACAAGUUUUGCUCUCGACUGCGAUCGUGCGAGUUAAAGAUCGGUUUGGGAACUACAAGCUUGCUCGAGCCCUGCUCGAUUCAUGUUCUCAAUACUGUUUCGUGACCUCCAAAUUUUGUCGAAAGCUGAAUCUCGAAGAAUUCCCGGAUUUUCUGGCCAUCCAAGGUAUUGGAAGUUCUGGAGGCGUGUCCAAGAAUGCAGUUUUGGCGACAGUCAGUCCUCGAACGUUCCUGAUCUCGGAUUUUGAAGAAGACAUCCAGUUCAACGAUCUGCCCAGACUCACCGUGUCCUUACAAGCUGAAAGCUUCGACAUCAGUCGUUGGGAGAUUCCGGAGGACAUUGUGCUGGCAGAUCCGAACUUCCACGAGAACAACGAGAUCGAUAUGUUGAUUGGAACGGAGUAUUUCCUGGACUUGCUGCAAGACGGGACAAUGAAGCUGUGCGAUGGUGGUCCGACUCUCCAGAACACCGUGUUCGGUUGGAUUGUUGCUGGACGGAUCCCAGAAGAGCCCAACCGCGGUCCGCAAGCAGCAGUGUUUCUGUGUUCGCUAGUGGAAUUGAACGAUCAAGUCCUUUAUCGGAAAACCACCAUCCGGGACGAGAGCGGACGCUAUGUUGUCACGCUACCGAAGAAGACCGACGUGAUACAACAGCUGGGAGACACACGAAGCAGUGCAGUCAAGCGGUUCCUGAGUUUGGAACGACGGUUCGCUUUCAACCCGGAACUCAAGGCGAUGUACGCUGCGUUUAUCCAUGAGUAUCAGUCGCUGGGACACAUGAAGGAGCUGGAAGAUACGCAAACCGAGGUUCCUGCUUACUAUCUUCCACACCACGCCGUCCUGAGACCGGAGAGUACAACCACGAAGCUGCGCGUCGUCUUCGACGCUUCCUGUCGGAGUACAACUGGAGUGUCGCUGAACGAUGGAUUGAUGGUUGGCCCUGUCUUGCAAGACAACCUGUUUGCGAUCAGUCUCCGAUUUCGCUUUCACCCGAUUGCGAUUGUAGCUGACGUUGAAAAAAUGUAUCGGAUGAUCAACGUGCAGCCAGACGACCAGAAGCUGCAGCGCAUUAUCUGGCGUAAGUCCCCGACCGACGAGCUUCGCGAGUUCCAGUUAACGACCGUUACGUACGGUACCGCCUCGGCGCCCUACUUGGCAACAAGAUGCUUGCAGCAGUUGGCCGAGGAAGGCGAGGUUUCCCAUCCCACAGCAGCGAAGAUCUUGAAGAAGGACUUCUAUGUUGACGACAUGAUCACCGGAGCUCAGAACGAAGAGGAGGGCAAACUGUUGAUCAACGAGAUGAUCGAGUUGAUGAGUUCCGCUGGAAUGACGCUGCGCAAGUGGAACUCAAGCCACGAGAAGAUACUGGAAGGUCUACCAGAUCACCUGCGUGAUGUUCGAGAUGUUCAAGAACUGCAGGAGUAUUGGCGCAAGUACAGAAGAAACCUCCUUGCAAUAGAAUCCCUUUCCAUUCCACGCUGGGUUGGCUACCUCAAGGAUUGCGUUGAAGUACAAUUGCACGGAUUUUGUGACGCCUCGGAGUUGGCGUACGGUGCUGCACUAUACUUGCGAUGCACGCAUCGUGACCGAUCUGUGACCGUGCAUUUGGUAACGUCCAAAUCGAGAGUUGCUCCGUUGGAAGAUCUCUCGAAGAAGAACCGGAAGCAAUCCAUACCGCGCCUGGAGCUCACAUCGGCACUCUUGCUGAGUCAUCUGUUAGAAGCUUUCCGUGCGAGUGUUGACAUCCCGAUGAAGGUAUUCCUGUGGACCGAUUCCAUGAUCGUGCGAUGCUAG